AUGGCAAGUAAUGUCCCAGACUGUAGUUACUGCUGUGAAAUAUGUGGACUGGAAGGGCUAUCUGAGGAUGAAUUCAGAGUUCAUACCCAUACAGCCCAUGUCGAUGGCAAUGGGGUCUGUCCUUUCUGUGAUCUUUCUGCUGUUUCCCCUGCAGAACUAAUAUUACAUGUGAAUCAGGCUCACUUAGAUUUUUUGACCCCUGAAUCUGAACAAAAUAUUGGCUUUAUCGAUGACCCCAGUCCAAGUGAUUACAAUGGUAUCAAUGGUAUCGAUGGUAUCAAUGGUAUCAAUGGUGAAAACGAUUACUGGAACUUCCCAUCGUAUUCGUCCAAUUACAAAAAUAACAGGGAGGAAGUCAAAACUAACAUCAACAUAAAUUUGGGAGCGAAGGUGAACGGUGGGGGAGAGUUGCGCCCGAAAAAUUCAGCACAUGGACAAGGCUCGCCCUUGAGGUUGAAUCUGGACCUCAAGCUCAAAAGCAACGCUGCCAGAUUGCAGUGUCCCAUGUGCAAUUACACCAGUUUGAGUCCGAACGAGUUGGAGGAACACGUCAACAGGAGCCACUUCGAUUUAACAUCGCCCUCUGUGAGCAACGGCACAGUGGAAAUGUACGUGUGCCCUUUGUGCGUGAAAAAUUUCAAAUCGCCCGCCGAUUUGGAACUCCACGUCAACAUCGAGCACAGAGACAUCCUUUCGCCUGCCAGUCCACCGAGCCAAUCGUGUCCCGUUUGCGGGAUCUCCUUGGACGGGGAUGCUAAUAGCGAGCGUGCCGCCCGUCACGUGGAAUCCCACUUUCCGGCUGGCAGCCCGCAACCGGCGACCGCCCAUCCGCCUUCGGCGCAACAGCGCGAACGCGAGCGCCUCGAGUUCGAGCGGCUGCGCGCGCAGUACGGCAUGGACGAUCAGGGCAACUUCCGCGAUCAAUCGGUGGCGAAUAUGCAGCGGGCGGUGAACGCGGGCGAGAUGUCAGUGGCGGACUAUUAUGAGAGGACGCUGGAUUUGAGGGCGGCAGAGAGUUGCGGGGUGGAUGACGGCAGCUCGGUCACCAGAAGUAUAGUUCCUAGAGUGCGGGCGAUAAGCACGAACGCCGGCAACGUCGUACGCACCCUGUUGUGCACAUGCGUGGACCACUACGCCUCCUCGUACGGGGACAGGGGGUGGGGGUGCGGCUACAGGAAUGCGCAGAUGCUCAUCUCCAGCCUGUUGACGCAUACGGGGUACAACGAGAAGUUGUACAGGAUGUGGCAGAACCAGAAGCCGCCUAGGAGUUCGGUGCCGAGCAUAUCGAGGAUACAGGGUGUUAUCGAGCAGGCGUGGGCGCAGGGCUUCGAUAUACAGGGUUCGGAACAGUUGGGCUGUAAAUUGGUGAAUACGCGCAAGUGGAUAGGCGCUACCGAGGUGGUGACGUUGUUCUCUUUUUUGCAUAUCAAAUGCCAAUUGGUGGACUUCCAUCAACCCACUGGAGCUGCCGGAUCGCACCCGGAGCUGUUCAGCUGGGUGUUGAAGUAUUUCGAGAAUUCGGUGGGUGGAGAGUUCACACCGCCUCUGUAUUUGCAACAUCAAGGCCACAGUCGCACCAUCAUGGGCGUCGAAGUGCACCGGGACGGCAGCACGACGCUGCUGGUGCUCGACCCGAGCCACUCGCCCCGCCAGAUGGCGCUGCUGGGAGACGCUCAGGGCGCCGCAGUGGCGCUCAGGCUGCUCAGGAAGAGCGAGGCGGCCAUGAAGGCGAGGCAGUACCAGAUCAUGGCGGCCGUGGGGACGGUCGACAGCGAUUAUCAGUAUCAGCAAAGUAAAAUUCUUCGUGGCCUUCGAAUACCCCAAGACCGGUGA